GGUCGUGAGACCUGCACUGCCUACGUAACCUAUAUGUGCGCUAAUGGACUCGCCCUCGCAACGCUUUCACCGACAGGUGCCGACGGGGGAAUGUUUAGUAGAUUACAGCCUACAUAUUGAGCAUUGAAUGAGAAGUUUUAUAUCUAUACCUACACAGUAAGUCAGUGCAUAUCAUUCACCGAGUGCAGUGAUACGGUGUUCUCACACGACUAUCUGGGAUGCAACUUCCGGUGAAUGCACCCUUGACUGUGAUGCUGGGAUUUGAAAGGCAAGCUGAUGAUUGUCAUUAUGCCAGAUGCUGCACUAGGCCGGACCUUUCUUGAGUGAACAAAACACAGGACCGAUCCUGCACAAAGCGAAGUGAGAGCUGACGGUAGUUCGUAGAGGCUUUGCUUGGAUUUACUACACCACAGUGCCAUUGUACGAUGCAGUGUGAUUUUCUCUACGCAUCUCUAAGAAGACCACAGUAAGAUUCAAGACACAAAAUGGCGGACACGUCCUUGCCCUUUGUAUUACGGUUUAGGUUCGUAGCCGCUCUCUGGUGCGUGGUGGAGAGUUUACUGUUCGGCGGUCUGUUCUUUGGUUGGGCUUCCCUCGUGUAUGUAUUCAAGCAAGAAGGUAUAUACUCAUUCCUGUGUAAUCACCCUGCAGCUAAUGGAUCCACAGGCAGCAACGUAUCAAAUUCCCUUGGACACGAGAGUAUACGCGAUAGAGAACUAGAACAUACCUUAUUGGAGGGUAACACGUCACAAAGCUACCCUUCUUACAGCAUACAUGACACUGAACAUGGGGUGAACGCCAAUGGUGCAGGAAAACUUCCUCCUGCAUCGUGUAAGGAACAAGACGCUAUAUUGAAUUUAUGGUUUACCGUGGCUGUGUCGGUGUUGAGCAUUGCUACGUCUGUGAUUGGUUGGAUUCUCUACAGAUUUGGACCUCUGGUUCUACGUGUCGUUGGAUCGGUAACAUUCUGUACGGGAACAUUGAUGCUUGCGUUCGUUGACAACAAUGCACCAUGGAUUAUCUGCCCGGGCUUAUUGUCAAUGGCAUUCGGAGCUGUGUGUAUAAACGCUGCUAAUCUCCAGGUGAUUCCGUUUCUGUUUAACCGGGGGUCAUCUGUGGCCGUGUCCCUCCUGACCGGAUUCUACUACUCUGCGUCCACCACCCAGUGGCUCAUUAAGGUUGCGUUUGAGAACGGCAUACCAAGACAACACUCGUACAUCUUGCUGUCAUCCCUCAACGCCGUCUUCGUGACAGCAAACUCCAUCCUCUUCUUCCGUCGCUCGCAAUAUCCGGUGCGCGAACUCACAGUUCCGGUGGAGGAGAAUGACGUCAGUGUCAAGGAUAACCAACAGUUCCCCCCGCUCGUGACUUGCGAGAAAUCUCCAGCGAUCAUGGAUGAUUUUCACCAUACGGAAACACUCUCCGCUGAUCAUCUACACGAUACUAAGAAAUUCGGAAAGGAACAACUAGAACUCAACAUAGCAAACGGAAGUCCACCUUGCUCACCUAAACAUGACGUGGAUUCACCCAUGUUACCAUCUCCUGUUGGGGAGGAGGUCAUGCCCACUCUCAGGAGUUGUGUGUUCAAUAGGACGUUCUUGUUCCAUCUGUUCUGGUUCGUUGUGAACGACUUCUAUCUACUCACAUUUAUUGGAAUUUCCAACGCCAUGUUAGAACGGGUACUUCACAGGCACACGGAAAAAGUCAAUCACUUCACGGAUGUCUUUUCCUUCUCUCUCAUGUGCGCAGCCAUCUUCGCCGUGGUCGGCGGAUUCCUCUACGACUGUCAACGAAUGGCUUUCAAAGAUUACAAAGGAUACCAUCGACAACUACUUCCGGCUGUUUUCCCUCUCACCAUGACAACACUGCUAGGGGCGGUAACUGUGGGUCUGCAGUUUAUCCAAGCGGAGGAGAUACUGUAUGCGUUGUUCGUUCUGUUCGUCAUCUACAAGCAGUGCGUGUUCGCGCUGACGUGGUCAUUCGUAGUGGACGUGUACCCCCGGGAAUAUUUUGGUGUGUUCUACGGAAUCGUGUUCACGACAGCAGGAAUAGUGCUGUUCCUCCAAUACGCUUUAUUCAUGUGGAUAGCAAGUGGACCGUUUGCUCCCAUUGCCGUGAACUUGUUCUUGCUGUGCCUGCUGUUACUGUCGCUGGUCAAUCCGCUCAAUCUUCUGAUAAAGGGCACCUGUGGUCAGUCCCCUGUCACAUAACGCCGCCAUCGCCACGGAGAUGUAAGCUGCUUCCUGAUCUCGACCUGUACCUGGGCUCACGAUGACGACAUCAAAUCCUCACAUUUGCCAACGAAUCCUUUCUCUAAUACUGCCUUGAUAUGAUACUCAGACGAAUUUUAAAUAUGGCCUUAGUGACAGUGGUGGGUGAUAUGAUGCCGUCUUUUUAAAGAUAUUCCUGCAUUUCACGGCAUGUGAACUAAAAUGAUCUUCACAAAUGCUGUCCAUGUGAAGACUCAGAAGAUUCUGAGUUACAUAUUGAACACUCUGACGGAUACCUCAAGUGAAAGCAAUUGUUU